UGAAACAGCAACAAAGCUAUAGUGUAGUUAUUGACAACUUCAGAUGAUUGCGGGUUUCGUGACAAAGUUCAAUUCGGUUACAUUGUUGACAAACUCCAAAAAUGAAAUGACAAUGGACGCAAGACGAAGAGAACGAGAACAAAUUGGAUUUAUUGGAGUGCCACGGGUAUGGGGAAAAUCUCCAACAAGAAUUGAAGACUCAGAUGAUGAUGAAGAAGUUGUUAGAGUCCCAGCCUCUCCAGAUGGACGAAAACGAAAAAAGAAGGAAAAGAAAAAGAAAAGUAAAAAGUUAAAGAAAGAGAAAAAAGCAAAAAAAGAGAAGAAAAAGAGAAAAAAGAAGAAGAAGAAGUCAGACAGUAGUUCCAGUGAUGAUUCAUCAGAUGAAGAGAAAGUCGAGUGGGUAGAAAAGACUGCUUUCACAACAAAAAGUAAAAAAAGAAAAGGAUCAUCAUCAGAAGAUAGUGGAGAUGAGAGUGUAGUAGGGCCUGUACAGAAACAGCAUGUCACACUAUCUGCUAAAGACUUUGGUAAAGCAUUAUUACCCGGAGAAGGUGCAGCCAUGGCUGCAUACAUUGCCGAAGGCAAGCGUAUCCCACGUCGAGGUGAAAUUGGUCUCACUUCUGAAGAAAUUGCUGCUUAUGAGUCUGUUGGUUAUGUAAUGAGUGGAAGCAGGCAUCGACGAAUGGAGGCUGUACGUAUUCGUAAAGAAAAUCAAAUCUACUCAGCUGAUGAAAAGAGAGCAUUGGCAAUGUUCAGUAAAGAAGAAAGGCAAAAAAGAGAAAAUCUUAUAUUGGGGCAGUUUAGAGAGAUGGUGCAUCAAAAAAUUUCUCAAGAGCAAUCAAAGUAAUCAACGGCUGUACACAUGUAUAUAUUUUCAUAUAUUAUUUAUAAGUAUUUUAUUUUAUUAUUUAAUUUUUCAAAAUGUAAAUAUAAUUGAUAGAUGAAUUUUACAAUUUGAAAAUUAAUUGUAUAAAUCAUUCUGAUCUUUAUAUAAAUCUGAUGUUGAUUA